UCUUUGCUUGGUCGUUCUCUUCCGCCAUGCCCGAACCUGCGAAAUCCGCUCCUGCCCCGAAGAAGGGCUCCAAGAAGGCGGUGACCAAGGCGCAGAAGAAGGACGGCAAGAAGCGCAAGCGCAGCCGCAAGGAGAGCUACUCGGUGUACGUGUACAAGGUGCUGAAGCAGGUGCACCCGGACACGGGCAUCUCGUCCAAGGCCAUGGGCAUCAUGAACUCGUUCGUCAACGACAUCUUCGAGCGCAUCGCGGGCGAGGCGUCGCGCCUGGCGCACUACAACAAGCGCUCGACCAUCACGUCGCGGGAGAUCCAGACGGCCGUGCGCCUGCUGCUGCCCGGCGAGCUGGCCAAGCACGCCGUGUCCGAGGGCACCAAGGCCGUCACCAAGUACACCAGCUCCAAGUAGACGCUCCUGGGCUGAGAGGACCCAGGCCACACCAAGAACCUGAAGCGCCUGUGGGAGGCAGGGGUCGCUCUGUGGCCCCCAAGUUUGAACAGCAACACCAACAAUCCUGUUUUCAGCAGUCCUUCAUCUACGGGAAAAGCUGUCCUCCCUACCUGGCCUGGACACAGCCGCCAGCCGUCCAGGGAAAGAGCUGCGGGUGCCCACAGACCUUCCUGUCUGCCUCAAUCAAGGAUUUGUUAAAAGAGAAACACUUGA